AUCUGUUUAUUACAACUAUCGCAACAACAGCAGCAACAAAAUGGGGAGACUUAGCAUAUGUGUGAUGAUGUUCCUAUGCGCGUUUGCGUUUGCGGCCAAAGCGAACGCACAAAGCGCGUCUAGCGUUAGGGCGACAUACCAUUUUUACAACCCAGCUCAAAACGGAUGGGACCUUUUCAGAGUGAGCGCGUUUUGCUCAACGUGGGAUGGGAACCAACCGCUCGAAUGGCGUCGGCGUUACGGUUGGACCGCGUUCUGUGGCCCGGCUGGACCUCGUGGUCGUGAUGCCUGUGGAAGAUGCCUAAGGGUGACGAACACGGGAACGGGAGCGCAAGCGACGGUGAGAAUAGUGGAUCAGUGCAGCAACGGCGGUUUGGACUUGGACGAGGGCGUUUUCCGACAGCUUGACACCGACGGUCAGGGUUACGCUCGCGGUCACCUUAUCGUCAACUACUCUUUCGUCAACUGCUGAAUAUCCUAAAACCCUUAAAUACUAAAUACAAAAACAACAAUAAUAAUAAUAAUAAUAAAUCGAACGAGUUUGUAUGUGCGUUUGUCUCGAAGCUAUUACCAAAAUAAAUAACUUUCGGAUU